GCCAAGUUUGUAAUGGCAAACUGCUUUCUUCUUGUUCUUUACACCCCCAAGUAUCAAACAGUGGUGCUCCAAGCAGCUAUAAAAGCCUGCCUUCAUAUGGCUAUUUCAUUUUCAAAUACCUCUACCCUCGAAAUCCAAAUAUACUUUCACCACCAUGGUUGUCAUGUUGAUCACGUUGUUAACCAUCGCACCACCAGCCCCACCGUCGCCUCCGCCACCACCAAUCACUCAUUUCUGGCCAGAUCCAACCCUCUCUCCACCAGCCUUACCCCCUAUUCCCCCUCCUCUCACUUCGCCUCCACCUCCACCUCCCUCCCCCCUUACUCCACCAGCGCUGCCGCCGCCGCUGCCACCGCUAAAGUUUCCUCCAUUCCCACCUUUCCACCCCUCGCCACCACCACCACCACCCCAAACUCUGCAAUCACCAGACACCACACCACCACCACCACCAAGUCGACCACCACUCGUGCUGCUCGCGUUGUUGGGUAUCUUAACUCUAACAGGCGGCCUGUUAGUCGUCGUUGCCAUUGCUCGCUACAACUGGCAUCGUAACGAGGAGAAUCUGGAGAGGUUAUCUCAGCCGGAGAACUCAAACCGAAGUGUACCGGAGCCUUACGAAUUGAGCGAUGUGACUGUGAGGCCUGAAUCUAAUCGUGUUGCAGACCUGCCGGAGCCGAUCAAGAGUCCUGCUCCUGCGGUGAGGGUGUCGGUGUAUAAGUAGUGAAAGAUGGAUUACCAAAAAGUUCAGAGCCGCCGCAGUUUCAUCCAUCCUGACUUGGGGGGCUAUGCUAUUGGAUGGUAGUAGUUUUAUAUAAUAUUAUGUGCUUGUAUUAUGGAACAAUGUUAAGCGUUUUGGAUGAUUGAGUAUUAAAACUUUGAUGAGAAUUUCAGUUAUAUAGACCGACAAUCCCUAAUGUCAUUUAAGUUUUUCCCC